AGGAUGUCUCUAUGGAGACAGGGAUAAACAGAUGAUAACAAAUUCUCAGCAGCCUUUAAAGCUCAUUUGAGUGUAUGGGUUGGCGUUUGAGGUGAGGCAAGGAGAGGCAGUGCAGGACAGCGAGAGAGGCAGAAGGGACUUGACAUUAGCAAGAGAUAUUCUUCUUCGAGAUGGCGGAGAGCACAGAUCUGGAGCGGCUGAUGAACUCCUUUAAGAAGUUCGCGAUCCACGGAGACACCAAGGCCACAGGGAAGGAGAUGAACGGGAAGAACUGGGCUAAACUGUGUAAAGACUGCAAGAUCACCGACGGCAAGAAUGUCACCGGCACUGACGUGGAUAUCGUUUUCACGAAAGUCAAAGCGAAGACGUCCCGGGUGAUCACCUACGAGGAAUUCCAGAGAGCCCUGGAGGAGCUGGCCCCUAAGAGGUUUAAAGGUCAGAGCAAAGAGGAGGCCCUAACGUCUGUCUACAAGCUGAUAGAGGGCAAGGAGCCCACCAACGUAGGAGUCACGAAAAUGGCGAAGACAGCCGCAGUGGACAGACUGACGGACACCACCAAGUACACAGGCUCCCACAAAGAGCGCUUCGACGAGAGCGGGAAGGGGAGGGGUAAGGGCGGGCGGGAGGAGCUGGUGGAGGAAACGGGAUACGUCGGCUCCUACAAGAACGCCGGAACCUACGAGGAGAAAACCAAGGCUAAGUAGACCACCGGGCCAGGCGGGGUGGUCAACAGGCCCAGUAGACCACCGGGCCAGGCGGUGUGGUCAGCAGGACCAGUAGACCACCGGGCCAGGCGGUGUGGUCAACAGGCCCAGUAGACCACCGGGCCAGGCGGGGUGGUCAACAGGCCCAGUAGACCACCGGGCCAGGCGGUGUGGUCAACAGGACCAGUAGACCACCGGGCCAGGCGGUGUGGUCAACAGGCCCAGUAGACCACCGGGCCAGGCGGUGUGGUCAACAGGCCCAGUAGACCACCGGGCCAGGCGGUGUGGUCAACAGGCCCAGUAGACCACCGGGCCAGGCGGUGUGGUCAACAGGCCCAGUAGACCACCGGGCCAGGCGGUGUGGUCAACAGGCCCAGUAGACCACCGGGCCAGGCGGGGUGGUCAACAGGCCCAGUAGACCACCGGGCCAGGCGGUGUGGUCAACAGGCCCAGUAGACCACCGGGCCAGGCGGGGUGGUCAACAGGCCCAGUAGACCACCGGGCCAGGCGGGGUGGUCAACAGGUCCAGUAGACCACCGGGCCAGGCGGGGUGGUCAACAGGCCCAGUAGACCACCGGGCCAAGCGGGGUGGUCAACAGGCCCAGUAGACCACCGGGCCAGGCGGGGUGGUCAACAGGCCCACAACAUGAGAUGUAUCCCAAAUUACAUCCUACUCUAUAUAGUCCACUACUUUGUCCAGAGCGCUAUGGGUCCUGGUCUAAAGUAGUGCACUAUAUAGGGAAUAGGGUUCUAUAGGGCUCUGGUCUAAAGUACUGCACUACAUAGGGAAUAGGGUUCUAUAGGGCUCUGGUCUAAAGUAGUGCACUAUAGAGGGAAUAGAGUGCCAUUUGAGACGCUUCCAGGGUCACUAUCCCCUAAGCCCCCCACCCUUACAGUCGGGACCAAACCCUGAACCCAGAACUCGGACCCCUAACCACAGGCUUAACCCCAGGCCCUUUCGACGGAGGCUGUCCUCUCUUAUCUUUGAUAUGUCCUGAGGGGGUGUGUGUGUUGUCAUUGGGGAUGAUGAGAGAGAGAACAUGCUUUUUACUCUUAUUAUAGCUAUGGAGGUCGUGAGGUGAUCUCCUUCAACAGAGAUUUGUCUGAUGUGUGUUUACAGAUGACUAGAUCAGAAUGCUCUGUUCACUGUCAAACCUGACCUGCCCUGAGACUGUAUAUAGACCUGUGAUAUACCAUACCUUCACCUUGCUUUGGUUUUAAAUCUGCCCUGAGACUGUUCAUAGACCUGUGAUAUACCAUACCUUCACCUUGCUUUGGUUUUAAAUCUGCCCUGAGACUGUUCAUAGACCUGUGAUAUACCAUACCUUCACCUUGCUUUGGUUUUAAAUCUGCCCUGAGACUGUUCAUAGACCUGUGAUAUACCAUACCUUCACCUUGCUUUGGUUUUAACAUGUGGAGUUGCACUGUGAAAUACUGAUGCAAGAGUUG